AAGUAUCUCCCAACUGAAUCCAAUAAUUAAAUUAUAUAAUUUUAAUUUUCCAUGUAUUUAUACUGUUUAAACAUGUUUCAGAUAUAAUUGGGGCUUGCUGGUUGGCCGGAGGGAUCGUUGGCUUCCUUCCACUGUUCGGCUGGUACUCCGACGAGGGCUGGAGAGAAAAGGAGAGGUGCCUGUUCACCAAAGUCAUGGACUAUGACUUCUUGGUGUUCUUGUACUUCUGCACGAUCGUUGGCCCGGCCCUCCUCAUGGCCGCCUUUUAUGCUCACAUCUAUUCCGUUGUGCUCAAGCAACUUCGCCAAAUGGUGACCAUCAACGGAGCUGGAGGAUCGAUGCUGCGGGUGCUGGGAGCGGCGAGGAAGAGGGACGUGAAGGCGACCAAGAACCUCUCCAUCAUCGUCCUCUUCUUCAUCAUCUGCUGGUUCCCGCUCUACACCAUCAACUUCGUCCAGGCCUACUGCCAGAAGUGUUCGGUCAACCCAUCGGUGUUGAACUUCUUCAUCAUAUUGUCGCAUCUCAAUUCCGCCGGCAACCCUCUGCUGUAUGCUUAUCACCUUACAGACUUCAGGGCUGCUCUAAGGACAUUACUAUGUGAAACUAGAGGUAAAGAUACCGCACUUCAGCCAAAGCGCCAUCCGGUGUACAGGAUACCGAAUUCUACUCCAAAGUUACCUCAUAAAAUAUUUGAUCUUGAAACGCCUGAGCAGAAAGCAGAUGAAAGCAGGUACAGGAUUCUGAAAGCAGAAAAUGGCAGCAGGUCAUCAUUAGAUUCCAACAUAGACCUGGAAGUUACGUAUAGAACAUAUGGCCUCGCUCACUCAAGCCCACCCACUCCUACUAAACCUCAAGUUAUUAUUGACCCAACUUAAAUCAGUCUUUUCCAAAAUGGGGCUCCACUUAUAAUAAUUUAUUUUUUAAAAAAGCAGGACUGCCUACUUCAUGAUUUCUGUUUAUCAAACAGUAUAGGGUUGGCAUUCUGUAUACAACCUUCUACGUAAUUGCAUUUCAUAAAUAUGUAGAAAAAAUAUACCAAAUAGCCUUAGAGGAAGACAAAUACAAAAUAUAUAUUUUAAAAGCCAAAGCAAUAUAGAAAUAUUUUAUUAUAUAAACGAUUAGCCAAAAGAAAUUUUAUUUUAACGAGGUUUAUUUAGAUUUUCGAUUCAUAAAUAAGAUAUUUAUGUAAUUUUAUAUUAUCAUAAAAUAAAAAUGAAGAAAAUUAUAUAUUAAGUUAGCAGGUGAAAGUGAGAUUUUAUUAAGCCAAUUGUUUUAUUUUCACUAGAUUAGAUUUUAUAAUGUUAAAACUGUUUCAUUAAGAUAUAAGCCAUUGAAAUCACUACCGGCCUAAAUUGGAUUAUAUUUAUGAAGCAACACACUCAUAUAACUUUGUAUAUAAGCUUAUACUGAUCAUAUUAACAAUGUUUGUGAAUAAAAUGAAUAUUUAGAACCUACUAACAGACAUUUGUAGGUAAUAUUUAAAUUUAAUAAUUAGAUUAAAUAUAAAUGCCCAAUUAACAGUUGCAUAUUAUUCAAAAAUGAUAUGUUAUAUGAAAGACAUAGCUGUAAUUUCUUUCUCUUUACUAUAACCCUUAUGUAUGUUAUAGAAAUUUUCAUUUAAGUUUUGUUAUAUCAUUUAAUAUUAUAUGGCUAUUUCCAUUUCUCAUCAGUUACCCCCAAAAUUUUUUACAAGUUUCGAUCAUUCUUUACUAUAUUUAUAUAUUACUGUAACUGACAGAUACACAAAUCAGGAAAAAGAUAAUUGAUUUAUUUGUUUAUACAUUUUUUCGCUUAUAGUUUUAAUAUAAACAAUUAAAUAACUAAUUCAAGUUCACAUUAUUUUUACUAAUUAAAACAUAAGAUAUACCUCCAUAGUUGUAAAUAGCGAAAUCAGUUAACUUUAUUCAUUACAUUUUUUUUAUAUAACAUUAUUGAAAUAUUCCAUUGUAUUAUUUGAAGUUUAUUAAAAAAAUGUAAUUUAAUAAUUUAAACUUUUAAUUUUGACAUGAGUUGUUUGUCAUAUUAUUUAUUACUAUUUUUUUUUAUUUAUUAUUUAUUUUAAAAAAUCUGUGUUUAUUUGAAUCUACUAAACUUAACACUAUGUUUUUAGAAACUUUUAUAAGUCUGAUUUAUUUUAGUCAUAAUAAUUGUUGUGUUAUUGUCUUACAUGUAGGAUUUUUUUAUUUGUUAGGAAAUUAGAGUGUCUGUGUUUUCUUAUUCAGUUCAUGAAAGUUUAAAAUAUCUGAUAUUCCUAACUUUAUUUCUAAAUUCCUGAAAAAAUUUAGAGAUGUUAACCUAUACAGAUUAAUGGGCAUCUAUAUAAUCAGCCACAUAUCAAAAAAAUAAAUAAAUAAUCAAUGGAUCAAUAUAUUUCUAAUUACUUGGACAAAUUAAAGUAUUGUUAUUCAAACAUUUAAAAACUUGAUUGUUUCUUGAAUGGCAGUUGAUAAAACAUACUUGAUUGAAGAAAAUUUUAUUUAAUAUACAACAGCUUCCUGUUAGUUUCAAAUCUUAAUUAAAAAAUCUUUAUAACCCUGAUCCUCUCUAUCUCAUCCAUAUCUACUUUAUCAGUGUUGAUCUUUUGAAGAGAAAUGAUUAUUGAAUUGGUUCUAAAAAAACUUGAUAAAAAAUAAAAAUAUCAACAAAAAAAAUUCACAAAAUUUCCAUUUUUUUGAUCUGAUUCUCAUUUAAUUGCACUGACCUUAGGUCAAGGUAAUAUAGAUUUAAUCUACUACAAUAGGCAGUAAAAGACUAAAUUGUAAAAAUGAGAUUUCUCAUAUAAAAAUUCCUGUUGAACAAAAUUCUUUAAUUCUCACUUAACUCUUAUGAUUAUUAUUCUUUAAGUGAUCCCAGAUAACUGGUUAUAUCCAUAACAUGUUUGAAAACCUUGAAUUAAAACAUAACACACUUGCCAUACUGUUUUUAAAAUAUGAACAUUAACUUGCCUUCAUUUAUGAUGGUACAUAGGCAAUUAGCUUUUAGAUAGCCCUCGACAUCAAAUUUUAAAAUUAUCAUCUAAAAAGGCUAGAACAGGGGUCUCUAAUCUACUGCCCAUGAAAGUUUCUUUGAUUACAUGGUAAAAUUUAAAAAACUAUUUUAAAAAUAUGAAGUUCAGGAAAUCACUCAAGCAUGAGGUUACUAUGACAUUUAUUCCAUGAGUUGUUUCUCUUAGAAAGCUCAUUUCACAAUUGAAGUGUCAUUUAUAUAACAAGCUUUUUUUUUUUUCAUCACAAGCCAUGGCCCUUAGCCAAGACUUAGCAGAGGUCUCAAUGUGGCCCUCGGGCCAAAACGUUUGGAGACCUCUGGGCUAGAAAUUACUGUCUUGUUGAUAAAUGCACUAGUUAUCAGAUCCUGUAUUCCCUUUUUUCUAGGGUAAACUUGGAAAAUCCUUCCUUACUUCAUGUUGUAGCUACCUUGUGAAGGCGAUUCUAAGUUUAUUAUUAUUUAUGUCCUUUUAUUCUGCAGAAUAUGGUAGUUUAGAGGCUAUAUAUUCACUGUAACUAUCCUAAUAUAAUUACAUGGUAGACUGAAUUUUGAGACCGCUGUUUUAAUACUCUCUUUCAUGGUCUUAUGAAUAGACCCAGCAUCCCUGCUAUGAUGGAACUCUUUCCUGUAAAUUAGAAAAAUAAUUGUUAUUUUUACAAUUAUUUUCUCAUAAUCAAGAAUUGCCAUAUGGUACUUUUGUUUCAACAGUUGUCUGACAGUUCAAAAAAACAGUUUUGCUUCUUACUAUGCAAUAAAUUAUCGUAAAAUUACAAUAAAACGUUAAAGAAUUAAAAAUAAAACUUUCUUAUUUAAUAAUCAGUAUUAAUGCCCCCAUCUAUGUACCUGUCGGUAUUACAUACCUGGAGUAAUUCAUCAAAUCAAAGUGGUUGUGAUAUUUUUAGAAUCACCAAUUUCUUUUCCAUUAAUGAUUUGAUGAAUAAGUUAAUGCCAAGUGUUAAAACAUAAAACAAAAAACAUAGUCAUUAUAUAGUCUUAAUAAUUGUAAUAUUUUACUUAGUGUUAGUUAUAAAUUUGAUUUGAUAUUAACUAAUUGAAUUCUGUGAAUGCUUUUAGUUUAUUAUUUAAGACAUUUUUAUAGAUACUGAACGAUUUAUGUCUUGAAUGUAAAUUAUUGUUGUAUGUGAAUGUACAUUCUAUAUUUUUGUAAAUAGAUAUUUCAUUAUUGUUAGUUUAUUAAGGUGUUCUAACAAUAUGUAAAUAGAUGGACGUAAUUAUAGUUAGAAAGAGGAUAACUGAGGAACUAUCUAUCGAUUGCUGUUUGCCAUAAAAAAAAAAUUUGUUUUUAUAAAACUGAUUAUGAUUGGUUAAAUGUGUAUUUGCUUGUACAGCUUUUUACUGAACAUUUUGUAAUUUUUUAUUUUUAUUAUUAUAUUUUAUGCUUAUGACAUAAAUGUAAUGUAAAAAAGUUAAUAUAAUAAUGCUAAUGUUAAAGUAUUAAUUCACAUUCCUGUUAAUAAAAUUAUUUUUAAACUGUCAUUUACUGUCACUAGUCAAAAUAAAGUAUUUCUAAAUGUAAAA